AUGGCGAAAAAAGGAGAAGGAUCCAAAUUGGGUCGCUUUUCCCAAAAACAAGGUCGCCCGGAUCCAGGUCACCCGGAUCCAGGUCACCCGGAUACAGGUCACCCGGAUCUAGGUCACCCGGAUCUAGGUCACCCGGAUCUAGGUCACCAGGACCCAGGUCACCCGGAUCUAGGUCACCCGGAUCUAGGUCACCCGGAUCUAGGUCACCCGGAUACAGGUCACCCGGAUCUAGGUCACCCGGAUCUAGGUCACCAGGACCCAGGUCACCCGGAUCUAGGUCACCAGGACCCAGGUCACCCGGAUACAGGUCACCAGGACCCAGGUCACCCGGAUACA